UGCAGUAAGAGGUUCCGCGUCGAAGCAGCACCACAACCACACUACCAGUAGCACCGAUCCACCUGGAGCAGUGACAAAACCCGAAACGGAUAUAGCCGAAAACAAACCACCCGAAAAUGCAGUCCAGUUGUGUGUUAGUGGUCGUCCUAGCCUUGGCUGCCCUGGUGGCCGCUCGUCCCGAGCCGCCGCGUGACUCGUACAGUGCGCCCCCCUCCAGCAGCUACCAGCCGAGUGGACCCAGUGGGGGCUACGGCGCCCCUGCGCCCCAGUACGGUCCCCCCCAGCAGCCGCCGGUGGUUCACAAGCACGUCUAUGUCCAUGUUCCGCCACCAGAGCCGGAGUACCAGGCACCCAGGAAACCCCUGUACGUGCCGCCUCCGCAGAAGCACUACAAGAUCGUGUUCAUCAAGGCACCAUCCCCACCUGCCCCAACCGCACCCGUAAUCCCGCAGUUCCCACAGAACGAGGAGAAGACACUGGUGUACGUGCUAGUCAAGAAGCCCGAGGAGCAGCCGGAGAUCAUCAUCCCCACGCCGGCUCCCACCCAGCCCAGCAAGCCGGAGGUGUACUUCAUCCGCUACAAGACCCAGAAGGAGGAGACUGGACCCUACCCCAACAGUGUGGCGCCUCCAGCGCCCGAAUACGGAGCUCCAGCUGCACCGCCCGCACCCUCUGCACCCAGCAGCUCGUAUGGGGCACCUUCCCACUAAGCGACCCAACACAUCCAAUCCAACCCGAAUUCCGAUUUGCGAGUCUCAACCCAUCUCAUGGCAAACUGCAUAUCUUAUGUGUAUUAUUUUUUGUUCUGUUUCAAAGACUUUAACGCGUGACAAAGUUUAUUAAGCAACGAAAUCCCUCAUCUCCCCCAGCUCAUAUGAAUAUUACCCCGAUCGAGGAGUAAUUCUUACCUCUGAAGUUGUUUCUACCUAUUGUACGAGAAGUAUGUUUUCCAUCUAGGCUGUUUGUUUCAAAUUGUUUGUUUAGUCUUAAGAUUAGGUCUUACCGAACGAUGCGUUAUACACUCACACAACACACUCGAUGAACUCACUGCAAAUUAGCCCUAGUUAAGCGAUAACCGAUAUAUACAGUAUACAUGAUUUUCAUCUGAAAUGCAUUUUCAACUAGGCAAUUUGUACCAAUACUAUAUUGCACUUUUGCACUCUAUUUCCUUAACUGUAAAUAGGGAGUGCGAAACGACCGAAAAGCAACAGAAAAUACAAAUAAAAAUGAUACUCAAGUAUGUA